AUGUGCCAGCAGCAGACAUCUUUGCGAUUAGAAACCGGGUUACCCAACGCCAGAAACUGGGAGUGGAACAUCCCUGGCAGCGUCUCUCACCGUGUGGUCCUCACCAGCAGCAUCAGCCUCAUCUGGAACCUUGCUCCUCUUUGCCUCAACUGCUCCAUCCUCCCUGGAAACAGGUCCCUGGGUGCAAAGAGCCUGGUGCCCUGCAAUGGCAGCAGGGCCUUGGAGUCCUUUGACCCUGAGGACUUAAACCUGACUGAUGAGGAGCUCAAGUUCAAGUACCUGGGGCCCCAGCAGAUGGAGCUGUUCCUACCCAUCUGUGUCACAUACCUGUUGAUCUUUGUGGUGGGUGCUGUGGGCAACGGGCUGACCUGCACUGUCAUCCUGCGCCAUAGGGCCAUGCGCACGCCCACCAACUACUACCUCUUCAGCCUGGCCGUGUCGGACCUGCUGGUGCUGCUCCUGGGCCUGCCCCUGGAGCUCUACGAGAUGUGGCGCAACUACCCGUUCCUGCUGGGAACCGGCGGCUGCUACUUCCGCACGCUGCUCUUCGAGACGGUCUGCCUGGCCUCGGUGCUCAACGUCACUGCCCUGAGCGUGGAGCGCUACGUGGCCGUAGUGCACCCGCUGCAGGCCAGGUCCGUGGUGACGCACUCCCACGUGCGCCGCGUGCUCGGGACCAUCUGGAGCCUCGCGGUGCUCUGCUCUCUGCCCAACACCAGCCUGCAUGGCAUCCAGCAGCUGAAUAUCCCCUGCCGGGGCACAGUGCCUGGCUCGGCCGUGUGCACUUUGGUCCGCCCAAGAGCCAUCUACAAUCUGGUCGUGCAGACCACCGCGCUGCUCUUCUUCUGCCUGCCCAUGGCCACCAUCAGCGUGCUCUACCUGCUCAUCGGGCUGCGGUUGCGGCGUGAGAGGCUGCUGCUGCUCAGGCAGGAGUCCAACGGCAGAGCCAGGACCAGGGACAGCCGCAGGCUCCAGCGGCUGCCGAAUAGGGGUCGGACACAGGUGACCAAGAUGCUGUUUGUGCUGGUCGUAGUGUUUGGGAUCUGCUGGGCCCCGUUCCACAUCGACCGCCUCAUGUGGAGCUUCGUGUCCCGCUGGACCGAGGGCCUGCACCUGGCCUUCCAGUACGUGCACGUCGUCUCCGGCAUCUUCUUCUACCUCGGCUCGGCCGCCAACCCCGUGCUCUACAGCCUCAUGUCCAGCCGCUUCCGCGACACCUUCUGGGAAGCCCUGCGCCUGGGGGCCUGCUACCACCGCCACAGACCCUGCCACAGCUUCCACAGCCUCAGCAGGGUGACCACAGGCAGCACCCUGUGUGACACGGGCUCCCUGGGCAACAGAGCCCAUCCUCUGGCUGAGAACGGUGGCCCAGGGGGGCAGCAAGAGACUGACCCCUUCUAAGUGGAGCCUCGAGGCAGCUUCACCCCAGGGUGCCGGAGCGCCAUGCCCAGCUUUGGGGGCCACAUGUGCCUCCUCUGCAGGGAUGUCUUCAUGGCCUAUCCCCUUUGUACCUUGUCCCCAUUUCAGCCUAGAAACUUGGGCCAUCACCUCAGUGACCCCUGCCCCACCCAAGUAUCAGAAGGAAUUUAAGGUCUUUAAGGGUCUGCCCUCCAGAUCCCCAGGCCCCCAGUUACAGGCCCACCCCUGUAGGGACAUCACAGUUGGUUAACUGGGCACAGCGACUCCAUCUGGGGACUCCCCUCCCACUACAGUACCUGAAGUGUUUCCACGUGGCCCAAUCUUUCCUUGCCAUUUCUCCCUGAGCUUCUGCAGGUUCUGGCCCAUUCCAUGCCUCUCUAGCUCUUGGCCUGCACCUGGGGCCCUCCUCUGCCCUGACCCUUCCCUGGCUCCCAGUUGGCUCGUUCUGCUCUGGGAUCUCCACCUGGUAGAGUCACUAGGUGGCAGGUAUAGCAGGGAUCCAGGGAACCUGGUUCCAAUCUCAGCCCUGCUGCCAACACUGUGCCCUGUGGCAUCAAGGAAGUCACCUCACCUUAUAAACCUUGGUCCCUUGUUUGCAAAAUGAAAGGGGCCCUGACAUUCUACAGUGUCUCCCUUUGACACCUUAGCUGUGGUUUUCUGUGUGUGUGUGCAGAAGUCACAGCUUGUAACAAAAGAGAUACCCUCAGAUUAACAAGGUGGAAAUUUUAGGAAAUCUUAAGGUCCUCACCAACCCCCAACCCUUACUCCCUCCCUGACCCCCGCAUGCUCCCCACCCCACCCCCUUGAGAGCCACUUGUCCUAGGGCAGAGGGACUGCAUGUGAGCAGAGGUCCCUGCCUGCCUCUGGACUCAUCUCCUCACAGGCUGGCUUGGGGGUCUGAGGUGAGCAGAGCAUUGGGACCGACUGGCCAGAGACUCUGGGGGCAAGAGACAUGGGCAAACCAAGGGCAAAGAGUGACCCUGUGAGGACUGCUUGGGGCUCAGUGAGGUGAAAAGAGAGACUGGACAAGUAUGUCCUGAAACAAAGCCCCAUUCCCAGUCCCCGUGGGCGACCUGGUGCUCAGUAAGGACUCAGUUGAUGGACGGAACUUGUCUCGCUGCAGUCCCUGGAUGCCGUCCUCCUCCCGAGAGGAGACUGCAGUACAAGGAACCCUGGCCUCCCUGGAGGGGAGCUGCAGGGUGCCCAGGGUGCUAUGGGGCCUGCGGGCCGAGUCCUCCCUGCAGCCUCUCCCCUGCUCAGGUCCCAGGUUCCCUGCCUAAAAAGUGGAGGAAAUUGUACAGGGUUGCAUGUAAUGUUCUGGAGUUUUUGCAAUUCAAUUGUAGAAAUAAUAAAUAUUCAUUUUAGAAAAAUUGGAAAGUA